AUGGAACGUUUUCCUCUUCCUCUCUCUCUUAUUCUCUGGCCUCACAAACCAACUUUCUCUCUCCUCCUAUCAAAAACAAAGCUUCAACUCCCAUUUUUCUCUUUUGGGUUCCUCCAACCCUACCCCAAAACCUUGCAUUCUUAUUUCAACAAUCUUCAAACAUCAUUUCCAGUGCAUGGGCAAACAAAGAGGGUUGAAAUUUUUAAGUUCCUUCAUGGAACUGGGGCAGGUUCCUUUUCAGGACCAUAUCUCUACAGGAAAUAG